GAGUGUAACCGGCUCUACUUCUUCUCUGGACUUGGCCAUGAGUAUGCUUGGCUCCCCUGAGACAGACAGCACACCCUGCGCGGUGAGGCGAGACGGAGGGCCGUCGGUGGCGGGAGCAGGGGCGAGCCGAAGCAGCGGCGCGGAGAUCGGGAGCGCGAGGGGUGCGGGGCGCGCGGACAGCACAAGCGAUGCAGACAGCAGAAGCACUGCAUCGAGCCAUGCACCGACGGUAAUUCCUUGCGGAAUGACCGGGGUCACUUUUGGUGAGAACGUGACGGUGGUCCAUCCGACCAAGCUCGACGGGUGCGUCCUGGGCGAGUCUGUCUUUGUGGGCCCGUUUACCGAGGUCCAGCCGGGAGUGUGUGUCGGGGCGCGGACGCGGCUGCAGUCGCACGCGUUUGUGGCUAGCAACGUGUGCAUCGGCGAGGAUUGCUUUGUCGGACACGGGGUCAAGUUUGCAUCGUCGGCCUUUACCGUCCUCGCGCCUCACAUUUCCGAGGACGACCUGCCCGAGACCGGGGCGGCUGUGGUGGGCAACAACGUGCUGAUCGGGACAAACGCGACCAUCCUGCCGGUCACCAUCUGCGACAAUGUGGUGAUCGGGGCAGGCGCCGUUGUCAUGUCGGACAUUACAGCGUCAGGCAAGUACGUCGGCGUGCCGGCGCGCAGGAUGGGCGAGCGUAAGAAUGGAAGCAAUGCCGGGAGCUAGCGGCCAAACCGUUGCUCAGUCGCUGUCCCACGCUGGACAGCAGAGACAAACUCGGCGCGGGUAAUGAACGCUGCGCCACCGCGCGGCGCAAGCGCCACAAACUCGGUGUUGGCCAGGAGCCACGGAUUAAAGCCGGCGAUUGUAAGUGCA